UCUCUCUACAGACACUUUCUCUCUCUCUACACACACACUUUCUCCAUCUCACACUCACACUCUCUACGUCCACACUUGCUGUCUGCUAACUAACAGUGUCAGGAAUAUCAUCUAUCAUGGUGGGCUACUGUCCCAUCUGUGGGAAACCCGUCUACUUUGGUGAGAAGAAGAGGUCGUUGGGGCGUGACUACCACCCUCUGUGUCUGAAGUGUCAACAGUGUCAGAGACAGUUGACCCCAGGACAACAUGCAGAGCAUGAUGAGAAGCCCUACUGCACUAACUGUUACAUGAAGACGUUCGGUCCCAGAGCAGGUAAGGGGAGAAUGAUGUCAUACGGUCACAGCUCAGCCUCCUCUUCCUCUUCCUCCUCCUAGGAACCAGUCUAACCAAA